CAAGACCCACUGGAACCACGCAGAUCAAAGUGUCCUGUUAACGAAAUGGAAGUGGCUUCACUCGGUCUAUGUUGAGGCUUUCAUCUUCAUCAAACCCUCGGUUCGUGAAAAACAGGAAAAUAACCUCCAUCGAGUAUGUAUAUGUAAAACUUAUAAAACAUCACACCUGGCGUGAGAAGCCAACAAGUACAGGUUCGGUGACGAGCAGACAGUAGUAGCGGACUGCCGCCGAAACAUCCAGUGAUCGCUGAGUGAUCGCAUGACCACGGAUGAUCACUGAUAUGUGCAGAGCAAUUUCUUCAUCCUACGUGCGAGUCACCAGAGCAAUUGAUUUCAUUCUAGUUUCUCACAAAACUGAAAAAACCACAGGUGUUAUGAAGGACCUCCAAGGAUGUUGACCUUCUGAAUAGGAGGAGUAGGAGGUGGCAGAAUUCUAUCAGAGCGUCGGUUUCUACAACAGUAAGUAUUCAAAUUUUCCCACUAAAAGACACUGACUUGUCCCACACAGAAGUCUUCCUAGUGCCGUAAUUAAGUUGAUCGUUUAUCCCUGUAUUUAUAUCUGCGCCAACUACAUAAGAGAAAAAUAAGCCGCUUUAAGCCUACCAUUUUUUUCCCCUUCACCAGCGAAUCCGCGGAAAAACCCUUUUACCUGUUCACGAAAAAACGAAAGAUGGGCGCCGUUUGUUGUGCAGAGGAGCGAAAGCCGGACGCUUCGAUGACCAAGUCGAAAAAGGCAGGUGCCGGCGAUGGGUAUCCGCAGGCACUGGGAACGGCGACAUCGAAGAAAAAAUUAGGGCAAGGCGCGGACGGGUUGACGUCCGCAAAAUUGAACCGUAACAUGACCACGCCAGAGGAGCGUGGCUUCCAGUCCGGGUGGUACCGUUCUUCCGCCGCUGAUCCGAUGAUGUAUGCAUCGCAAAUAUGUGUGAUUCUGGAAGAUCGCGGGAUUUGUCAUGCUCGUCUGGAAUGACGAUGACGAUGACUCUGAGUUCUGUAUUGCAUUGCCACGUAGCAUUCCUCUUGUCUGUCAUCCGCAAACGAAGCUUCGUCUCGUCAAUACGAUACGCAGAGCGAAGAUCAUGCCAAAACCUGGCAUGCUUGGCGGUGCAGUAGUUACAGUCCGCUCAUUAUUAGCUGAAUUGCGUUUGCGUCAUAAGCAUAACUUCAACUUUAUUCUCUCUCGAGACCCAGACAUGUUUGCAGUGCAUACCAUGCAGCAGGGAACGAAAGCGGGGACCGCACUGAAAAAGAUGGAGACGACAAACGUGGAGCGUGGCUUCGCGGAAGGUAAGUACGUAUACAAAAUCUACGAUUUGUCGUUUUCUGUUUCGAUAAUUCCCUGAUUACGAUCGCAAAAAAAUUUAGAAUGAGGUCCAGCGCCCUAUUACUACCAAGGGGAAUCGAAGCCAAUUGUCGCCAAAAAAAAUCCUACCUCAGACUGGAUGGACCGGGGUCCUUCCGCGUUUCAAGAUCCGGCUAUGAAGUACGAGGAGAAGAGCCGUGGGUUUGAUUCCGGAUGGUACCGAGGUUCGUACAAUCCGAAGCUGUAGAACCACGUCUUGCACAGUCGAGCGACGGCACUAGAUUGAGGACGAUGUCUAGUUGUUGGGAAGAGCCUUUGAAGAAGCAGGAGCACGACGACCCUCCUGUUUUGAGAAAACUUACCUUAUACCGAAUGUGAAUGAUGUUUAACAUCUCAACUAAAGUGGAAAAAAAAAACAGCAAGCUAGUGCUCGCUAUUUCUUGUUUCGUUCGCUUCGAAGAAUGAAUACGCAGAAGUAAAAUCAAUUAAGCUUUGACAGAUGAAUCGAUUUAACACAGAAGCAGUUGUCGCAGUAAACCCUGCACACCUGCUAUCCAAGAAAAAAACUGUGUAAGUGUAAAUCUGUGAUGCAGAAAAUGCAAAACAGUUAUACUUGUCAUGCUCGACAUGCAUGAUCGGCUCCAUUCCUAUGUGUUUUCCCUUACUAUCUGUGCAUGACAAGUUUUUCCUGUCAAGGCAGACGAACUUGUGAUGCUGUUUUCCCAAAAGACUUACACUAACACAGUUUUUUUCUUGGAUACCUGCUUGCAUUUUGGCCUUGCAAAUUUUUACCCAUUUUAUCCAAAUGGUGCAGAAUUUGACGAUAAGUUUCUCAGGUAUGUACGACCACCAAGUCAUGUGCAUAAUCGCCCAUGCAAUUUUGUAAAAAGUACGAAGCAAAAUAAAGAAGAUAGCAGCGGGAUAGCCCGAUAGCUGGUGCUGGACGAUUCUAUCGACUCUGCUUGCAGUCUCUUUUGCAUACCCUAGGCAACAUUCUUUGUAAUUUCCGCACUGUAUUAGAAUUGAAACUGGAAGCGCACCACGCUCGCAGCAUCAAUCUCCUAAAAAGCACCACGUGCCGACCACGCGCCGUGAAGGCAGAGGAGGGAACAAAAGAGACGAAUAGUGCACGGAGAUGAUGUUGAAUUUUUGCAUUUGCAGCAUACGCAUUGCAGACGAUUUGAACAAAGGCAUGUAGGUGCAUAUCGCUCUCAUGUCAUCGACAUUUUGGUUGCCCGCACCGCAUCGAUCACGUUCACGACAGAAUGUUGGUCGCCUGCUCUUGCUUGCAGUAGUUCAAAUUGUCAGCGGCUUUGAGUUUGCAGAAUCUGAAUCUUCAUCCAACAUAUUCUAUCUUGUAUUGACACGGAAGAAGUCGUAGAUCCCCGAGUAUCAU